CUGCUUUUACUCAAUGCAUGAAUAUUUGGAUGGCGAAUUCUAAGUGCUUUAGCAAUGGUGGAUGUGUUUUAUUCCCCGGGAAGAAAUCACCGGCAGAGGCUCCGUCGAAUCUCCCACAUUUUCCUGGAUAGUAUGGAGUGUGCUCCUGAAACUUCCACCGUUCCAGUUCUCCGAUUUUUCCAUCGGACCUUCCGGUGUCUAUGUUAAACUCCCCGUCGAAAUCCUCAGAUCCAUUUCUCUGAAACAAGAAGAACAACGAUACAAACCGAUAACAUUGCUUUUAUGCGUUCGAGCAGCAGAAAGUUAGUUAC